ACAGACUCCACCAGUUGGGAAGAGAGAUAGUCAGAGAUAGCAGGAAGAAAUGGCGCCUCGAUGCUGCGCUCACUGAAGCGGCGUUUGGACAGAUUCACACAGAACCGUCCGCGGGAGCCAACAUGGUCAACACGAGGAAAAGCUCUCGGAUAAGAUGCGACCCGUUCAUCUCCUCCAGGACCAGGUCGUCGUCGAGACUCGAGCGAAACUCCGAGGAUCACAAGGAACCCGGCAGCGAUGCGAGCACCCCCAGCAGCCCACGGUUGGGGCCGCCGUCCAAACGGACGCGUCGGCAGACGGCCUCGGAGCGGAGCUCCAGCGACACCUCGCCGUCGCCGCAGGCGAAGGGCCAGAGGGUCAGCUGGGACAUUCCCACCUACCGCACCAGACUGUCUUCUCGCAUAAUGCAAAACGGGCACGCUCUGAGAAGUCGCAGAGGUGAGGACGGCGGAGGUGGAGAUCGCUCCCAUAUUAACGGCCACGUGGAGCUGAAGAGGAGCUGCCGGGUGAAGAAGAGCCAAUUCGAACACCUCAAUCAGAGCCUGCUGUUUGACCAGCUGGUGAACAGCACGGCCGAGGCGGUCCUCCAGGAGAUGGACAACAUCACCAGCAUCAGGCAGAGCCGCGAGGUGGAGCGACUGCGCAUGUGGACCAGAGACACGGAGGAGGAAAACAUGGACAUGUACUCCCGGGUGAAGCGCAGGAAAUCCAUGCGGCGGUGCACGUUCAACAUGCCCGCGCACCACAAAGUCAUGGGGAAAACGGAGGAGGAGGAAGAAGAGGAAGAGGAAGAAGGGACAGAAGAGUCUCAUGGUGAAGAAGAAGAGGAAGAUGCAGAGGAGGAUGACGAAGAUGAUGAAGGGGAUGAAGCUGAGGAAGCAGAAGAAAACGACCGACCGUAUAAUCUGAGGCAGCGGAAGACGGUGCAGAGAUACGAGGCUCCACCGAUCGAGCCCGUCAACAGAAAACAGAGCAAUCCUUCACUUUUUGACACACACCGAUCGCCAGCGAGAAGAAGCCAUAUAAGAGUGAAGAAACACGCCAUUCACAGCAGUGACACAACCUCUUCCUCUGACGAAGAGCGAUUUGAGCGGAGGAAGAGCAAGAGCAUGACCCGGGCCAGGAACAGAUGUUUGCCCAUGAACCUGACUGCGGAGGACCUGGCCAGCGGCGUCCUCCGUGACAGAGGGAAAGUAGGGGCCAGCUUGGCCGACGUGGACCCCAUGAACCUCGAUAAUUCAGUGAGAUUCGAUAGUGUGGGAGGCCUCAGUUACCACAUCCAGUCACUAAAAGAGAUGGUCGUGUUCCCUCUGCUCUAUCCGGAAGUCUUUGAGAAGUUUAAGAUCCAACCUCCCAGAGGCUGUUUGUUUUACGGCCCGCCGGGGACGGGGAAGACCCUGGUUGCUCGAGCGCUAGCUAACGAGUGCAGCCAGGGGAACCGCAAGGUUUCCUUCUUCAUGAGGAAAGGAGCCGACUGUCUCAGCAAGUGGGUGGGGGAGUCGGAACGGCAGCUCCGCCUCCUCUUUGACCAGGCUUACCUGAUGAGACCUUCCAUCAUUUUCUUUGAUGAGAUUGACGGUUUGGCUCCGGUUCGGUCCAGCAGACAAGACCAGAUACACAGUUCUAUUGUGUCCACUCUUCUGGCGUUGAUGGACGGCCUGGACAGCCGAGGGGAGAUAGUGGUCAUCGGUGCUACAAACAGACUUGACUCUAUCGACCCGGCACUCAGGAGGCCUGGACGCUUUGACCGGGAGUUUCUGUUCAGCCUGCCCGACAAGAAGGCCAGAAAGCAAAUUUUGAAGAUUCACACCAGAGACUGGAACCCCAAACUUUCUGAGCCAUUUCUGGAUGAACUUGCAGAAAAAUGUGUCGGCUACUGCGGCGCCGACAUCAAAGCACUUUGCACGGAGGCAGCCUUGAUGGCGCUGCGCCGCCGCUACCCCCAGAUCUACGGCAGCAGCGUCAAGCUGCAGCUGGACGUCACGUCUAUCGUCCUGGGGCCCGGUGACUUCAGCAAGGCCAUGAGGACGAUCGUGCCGGCCUCCCAGAGGGCCCUGGCUCCGCCGGGGCGAGCCCUGUCCCCCGUCCUCAGGCCUCUGCUGGACGGCUCCUUCUCAUUGGUGCUGAAAGCUCUGCUCAGAGUCUUCCCCCACGCCCAGCCCACCGACAGGGACAACACACAAGGCGGUGACAAUCAUCUGCUCGAAGAAGAUUUGUACAGCGAUGACAAUGAGGACGGCUCUGCCUCCAUCUAUGAAGCCCAGCCAGCUGCAUCCCCAAAGAGUCAGCCCUCCUCCUCCUCUGCAAUGCACAGAACCUUCCUCCACUUCUCCUCCUCUGCCCUCCAGCAGCCCACGUCCUACCGGCCCCGGCUGCUGCUGGCGGGGGCCCCCGGCUCCGGACAGAGCUCCCAUUUGGCCCCUGCCUUGCUGCACCACCUGGACAAGCUGCCAGUGCACCGCCUGGACUUGCCCACUCUGUACUCCAUCAGCGCCAAGACGCCGGAGGAGUCCUGCGCUCAGGUUUUCCGUGAGGCCCGUCGGAGCAUGCCCAGCGUGGUGUACAUGCCUCAUAUCUCGGAGUGGUGGGACACCGUGAGCGACACUGUGAGGAGCACCUUCAUCACGCUGCUGCAGGAUGUGCCGUCCUUCAGCCCCGUUCUCUUCCUCGCUACUGCGGAGACGCCGUACUCUAAGCUCUCUGAUGAGGUGAGGAGUAUGUUCCAGAGGACCUACGGGGAGGUGGUCAUCCUGUGUCCUCUGGGAGAAGAGGAGAGGAGGAACUUCUUCUCGGACCUUCUGCUGGUUCAGGCGGCGCGACCUCCUCCACGCCUCAGGAGUUCAGAAAGCUGUAAAGAGGUGCUUCCGGUGGCCGAGGCUCCAGGCCAGAGAGUCCUGUCCGUGGAGGAGCAGCGCCGCCUGGCCGAGCAGGAGGAGAACACGUUACGGGAGCUGAGACUCUUCCUCAGGGACGUUACCAAGCGCCUGGCCACCGACAAGCGUUUCAGCAUCUUCAGCAAACCCGUGGACAUCGAGGAGGUGUCUGAUUAUCUGGAGGUGAUUCGACAGCCUAUGGACCUAUCCACCAUCAUGACGAAGAUCGACACCCAUCGGUAUUUAACGGUCAAAGACUUCCUGGUCGACGUCGACCUGAUUUGCAGCAACGCUUUAGAGUACAAUCCCGACAAGGAUCCCGGAGACAAGGUGAUCCGGCACCGAGCCUGCAGUCUGAAGGACACGGCCCACGCCAUAUUUGCUUCUGAGCUGGAUCCCGAGUUUGACCGCAUGUGUGAGGACAUCAAGGAGGCGCGCAAAAAGAGGGACUUCCAGGCGCCCGUUCAGCCGGCAGCGUCUGCAGGUUCGCCGCUGGUCCAAAAGAACCCCGGUACCGGAGAGGAGCGGGCCAAGAGCAGCACUCAGGGUGAAGCGCCGGAGAAAUCCUGCACCACAAAUCAUAUCAAGAGGAAAAUUCGUCGGCGGCCAUCUUGGGGGCGUGGCAUAAUACGCAAGAAGAAGAUCUACAAGAAAGAGAUCGAGGAGGAAGAGGAGGAGCCAGAAGCGGAGGUGGAAGGGGCGGCGCCCAGCGACUCGUGUCUGACUCAGGACGAGGAGUCGUCUUGCGAUACGGCCGAUCCUCAGCCCAACGGCCAUCACCCCCACGGCCCCUCCACGGAAGAGGAGAGCUCCAACGAGCCCCCCGACAAGAGUCACGCCGACGACGCCAGCGAUGCACCACAGGGUCCAAAACCCGAGGGGGGAGGGAAGGAGCCCCCAGCCAAAGAGGUCGAGGCGGUGAGCGCUGGGAAACACGUGGACCCCUGCUGCUUGGGGGGCUGUUCCCAGUCGACGGUGGACGCCAAAACGGCCGACUUCCAACCUUUGAUUCAAAGAGCGGAGUCUUCGGAUGCUCAGCCUCAUUACGCCGAGGGUCUCCUCGCCUCACGAGUGGGCCACGUGAAUGGAACCGAGUCAAUGGACAGCCUGGACUCGCAGAGCCUCAAGAGCGGCGACGAGGCGCACACAAGGACUCCUCAGAGCGCAGCUGAGGGCAUUAACGAGCCGGAGCAGGAAGAGCACAAAGACGAGGGCAGAUGUACUCAGGAGCAGCUUCCGCUGGAUGGCGGCCCGCCGGCAGAACCGAGCGAGGAAGACGGACACAAAGAAGAUGGAUCCGACCCGACGACCGUCGGAACAAGCGCAUCAGAGCAGCUGCAGGGACUUCCUGGAAGAGCAGAGGAGGAGGAGCCACUCUCGGCUCCUCCUCAUCCGCCAGUCGUGGUCGAUCACCAGCGACUUCAGGCUCUGCUGGACACGGUGGUGAAGAAGAGCGAGGGCUUCAGCGUGGAGCAGCUGGAGAGGCUGUACUCUCUACUGAGCCAGUGCAUCUACCGGCACCGCAGGGAAUACGACAAGACCCGGCUACUGGAGGAGAUGGAGGAGAAAACCCAGCAUUUUCAUACAUUCCUGUGAGACGGGAGACGCCGAACCGCCGGGGACCCACACGGCGGGGCCGCUCCGAGUCCGGCCCGUCACACUACAAACACUCACCCGCCCUGCUGGCGCUCGGAGAAGCAGGGUGGAGACUUUCUAUGGUGCUAACGACUCAGGAACCUGGCCAGAUCCACCCUACACAACCAAACCGCCGCCGCCCCCAUCGCCACAACCACGAGGUGCUACUCCACUCGCCGUCGGAUCAGGUGACCCACUCACGUGCACAGCAGGCAGCUCAGCAGACCUCCACCAGCAGACGUGGUCGAGCCCUCCGGUUAUCACACUGCGCCGCUUCUGUCUGGUUUCAAGCUAGCACAGGAGGUUAGCACGGCAGCACCAUUCACCACGGCGGCAGAACCGAACGUUCCCCGUCUGUCGUUUGCACUGCCUAGUGUGUGCCUUAUUUUUGAAAAGCAAACCUCACCAUUUAGCCGGAUUCGGGGGAGGAUUCGGGGUAGGGUUUGAGGAUUCGGGGGAGUGUUUGAGUUAUUCGGGGGAGGGUUCGAGUUAUUCGGGGGAGGGUUCAAGACAAGGUUCUUCAAAUGUUACAUUUGUUGCAUGUGGUGGAGCAGUCGGGGGCGGGGCUUCAUAUGCAAACAACAAAAAGAAAAGGGUUUGGUGCCAUCCCGCUCCCUAACGGUGCUGAAAUGUUUCCUGUUUUUUUUUUUUUUACGCUGAAUUGACUGUUGGUGAAUCCGAUCAAGGCCAUUCUAGGCAGUGCUCAUCUUUGCUCUUUGUGUUUCCUUUCUCCACACCUGACCAGUCGGUUCUCACCUGUGGCCAAACGUUUUCCCGCUCUUCUCUCUUUAAAAGAAGCACUCUGGGGUCGACCUUAAGCUCACCUCUGCCUUCCCCCCACAGCUCCAGGUGAUCAAACCGUAUGCAAACCGGCAACCACAGGUUAGCACUUGGACUACUGCAGAGAGGAAGAAACCAAUGCUACCUCAGCGUAAUUUAUUUUGUUUACUGGGUACAAAAACAGUAUUUCUGAUUUGUUUUCCCCCUUUUUUAUUUUUAAAUACUGUUGUGACAUCCGCAGGUACCAGAUCAGUGCGACCACGGCAGAUUGUUAUGUGUUGAGCCAGGUGUGUCUGUAGUUCACCUGUCGCCUCUUUUCUAUUUUUCUGCUCAUCUCAUUUUUAUUUAUUGCAAAUGAUUUCCAUCUAAAAUGCUUUUUUUGUUAUAAAAUUGGAAAUUCUUAAACGUCCGUUUUGUUGUGUAGCGUUUGUGUAGCAGGUGGCGUGUUCGACAGUGGGGGGAGGGGUUUACAGGUCUCUCAGGUUUACCAGGAACAACACGCCCCCUUCUGCCUUUUUAUUUUCCUUCAUUGAGUGGUUACAGAUGAACUGGAAAAAGACAAACAGGACCAGACUUGCUUUCAUUGUUUUGUUUUGUUUGCCAAAAAGAUUUAAAAACACACCUGGACAUAAAUUGUGGAUAGUUAAUGUCACACAUUGUGAUCUCCCGUUUUUUUAUUCUAAAUUGUAGCCAGUUUGGACUAACAGCCAGUUUUUGUCUGGUAGUUGAGGAUUUAAUCCAGAACGUUCGGAGGGAAAAAGGUUUGUUCUCCUUUUGUGUUCCAGUCUUUUUUAUUUUGUGUAUUGCAAUGUUACUUUAGUGUAAGUUAUAUUUGGAAUUUACUGUAUUUCUGAAUAAACUGCUGUGAUAUACUUGAAUAAAGGUGCAAACUUCAUAA